AUGGGUCAGUGUCCAAAGAUAGAUGGAGAAGCUAAGUAUAUGUCAAAGGUCCCUUAUGCUAGUUCUGUUGGUUGUUUAAUGUAUGAUAUGAUUUGCACUAGACCUGAUUUGACACAAGCUGUAAGUCAAGUUUAUAAGUUUAUGUCCAAAGCAGAAAACAUCAUUGGGAAGCAGUUAUUAGAUUUUCAGUACUUGAAGGGUACUAUGAGUUAUGGUAUAAUGUUUAGAAUUGAAUAUGGUGAUCUUUCAGUUGUAGAAUAUAGUGAUUCACAUUAUGUUGGUGAUAUGGAUGAUAUGAGGUCUACAACAAAUUAUGUCUUUACUUUAGUAGGAGGACCUAUAUGUUGA